UGUCACCAUGGUGAUGGAGAGACGCUAAGACUGGCUGAAGGAAACGUACAGGUCCUGGUCCUGGUCCUGGUCUAGUCUGAGUUUAACGACUUUAUAUUGACGGGAAACAGAAGAACCAGCGAGCAGAGGGAGAGAGAGUGCCUGUUCCACAGAGUCAUCUCACGGGUCAGCUCUCUGCUGCUGCCUGGUGACUCUGCUCAACGUUAGCAGCUGGCUAAUCAACGUUAGCAUGAGUGAGAGCAGAGCGGUACCGGGUGGGGAGGUGUACCGGCAGCUGUUCGACGCUCAGGUUCAGCUGUCCAGAUCUCUGCUGGCUGGACGGAGAGACGCGAGGACAGACUGUCUGUCUGCAGAAGACAGUAAUACACACUGCAGCACAGCCAGCAGGUGGUUGUGUCCUCCCUCCAGCAGGGGGCAGCAUUCACAUGGUGAUGAUGACGCUGAUGAUGUCAGCAGACUUCCUGACACUCUGGCGGUCGAUCGUCCACGCUCUGACAUCAUCAAGCGACUGGCUGAGAAACACAUUGCAGCCCUGAAACCGCUGGAGACCGAGCUGACCGAGCUCAGCCAGGUGUGUGAGACUCAGGUGAGAAGUGUCAGUCUGGAGCUAGUGUGGUCUCUGCAAGAGGUCGACAACAGACUAAACACCCUGAAGGACAGAAUGGAACACCUGGAACACGUCAGUCUGCAGGAGGUCUUUGUUCUGUGGGAGGAGGUGGAGGAGAAGCUGAAGCUGAAGAAGAUCAGGAUAAUGAAGCUGAACCACAAACUGACUGAAUCUGAGGCUGAGCGAAGCAACAAGAUCAAAGCUGUCCUGCGGAAGUACUGCCACCUGCUGGAGAAGAUUGGUUUCCUGCCUCCACCUGAUGUCUACAGGCUGAUCCACAGUGAGGCCAUGAUGCUGAAUCAGUCUCUCCUGGCAAAUUGUCGUAGUGUAGCUCAUCUGCUGCUGCUCCUCCAGGAGGAGAACCUGAAGCAGGAGUCACUCCUCCGUCUGCACUGGGAGGACUGUCUGAAUCGCUGGAGGAGGGGCAGAGUCAAUGAGGUCAUCGACCACUUCAGGAGCGUGUGCAGCAGUGAAGACGAUCCGCUGGUCUCAGUUCAGAUGAACCAGACUCUGGCAGAACAGCGCUGUGACAUCAUCAACAACAUCUGCUCUCUGGUCCCGCCCUCCACUGCUCUGGUCUCUGAUUGGUUCAACCAGCUGACAGCUGUCAACCAGCAGAUCGCAGACAGUCUUCAUGCUGAUUUCAUCCAUCAGCUGCGUUGUUGUUAUGAACAGGUGUGGCAGGAUCGACUGGCUGCAGUGGAGCGUUGUAAGGAGGAGCUCUCUGCUCUGCAGCUUUCAGAAGAGGAGCUGAACGAAGUUGUCGCCUCUCACCUCCUCACUCUGAUUGGACGAAGCCAGAGACAGGAUGAAAAGCGAUUGGCUGCUUUAGACCUGUGUUGUGACUCUGUGGCCCGCCAUGCUCACAGUGUCAGCCGGUGUGUGUUUGUUGUGAUGAGAGGAGCAGCGUUACUAUGGGAGACACACAGCCACAGGUUAGAGAGGAAAGAAGAAGAAGUGCAACAACACCUGGACGACCUCAGAGUCUCACAGCAGCAACACAUACAGAGGAGGAAAGUGCAUCUGGAUGACCUGCUAGCAGGACUUCGUCAGGAGAGCAGUGAAGAUGCUCUGAAGAUGUCUCUGGACAAAACCGUCCUCUACCUGCAGGACAUCAAACACAGCUGCAGUGACUAUGUCUCUGAUCAGUGUCAGCUGUUGGACCGUGUCCCAUCCGUGUGUCUGGAGGAGCUCCUAUCCUACAGCAGUAGUCUUGCCUCUUUCUUCCACCUCAGCAACACCUACACACCGAAUCUAGGAGAACUAUGGAACCUCCACCCAUCAUCUGCCCACCCCACAGACCCAGAACCCAGUGAGGGGGCUGAGAAUCAUCCAAUCAGCUGUCAGAAUGAUGCUGACCCUGCCUACCCCUCUCAGGAUUGGCUGACUGAGGCGGAGUCUUCUCUGCUGGAUCUUUGUGACAUCAGCAGUGAUGUCUCAUUUACAUCAUCCAGCGGUGUGUCCUACAGUGGCCCAGCCCUUAGAUGCCCCGCCCCCAACCUGCAACAGGAAACGCACCUGAGCCUAUUUCCUGUGGAGCUGCUCACUCACACGCUCAGCAGGACACAGCUUCUGUUCUUUGACCACCUGGAGCAGCACAUCCACGACGUCUUCAGUUCAGCUGUCUCCAUGGUGACUGAGAGGAAGGAGGUGGUGCGUUUGGAGCAGGAGCUCCACCUGCAGCAGCUGAACCCCCAACAUAUCCAGAACCACAUAUACCAACCCCGCCUGGUGGAGCUGCAGUGCCACAGACAAUGUGUGGAUGAUCACUGUGAGGAGGUGCUAGAGGUGUUGACCUCCUGCAGGUUGGAGUUACAGGAGCUGCAGACCUCCAUCAGCAGGAAGAACCAGAAGUUCAGCGUCACUCUGUCUAACAUGGAGGAUGAUGUUCAAUCAGCUGACAGCAGCCAACGUCUGGAGACUGUCAGCUCCACCCUCCAGGACUGUCUGGAUGAACAUAUCAAAGACACCCAGUGCUGUGAGACCACCUUCAGACAGACUGUUCAGACCAGACUGGAGGAGGUCAGAGACAGAACAUCACAGCUGCUCAACUCCUUCAGGUUGUUUAGUGAAGGAGGAGAUUUUGCUCCUCAGGAGCUUAAGUUGUUUCAGAGGAUGCUGAAAGAGGAGACUGAACAGAUCCAUGUGACAGAAGAGUCCAUUUACACUGAGCUGGAGCUGUUUGAGUCCACAAGUUUACAGCAGGUGAAGGAGGCAUCCAUUCGUUUAGAGGAGACCAUCUCCCUCUUAAAGUCUGAGCUGAAAUUCACAGAGAAGAUCCAGAAAAUGAUCAGGAGCACACAAGUUCACAUCAAGGCUGAGGCAGCCAGCAGUAACCAGCAGCAGACAUUCAUCAGCAGCUGUUUGGAGGAUUUGAGGAGAAUGAUGGGGAACACACAGGUGUUUCCUGAUGAGGUCUUUUCUGUCCUGUCAUCAGUCAAUGAAGAACUCAUUAAGCGCUGUCAGUACCUGGAGGUUUCAUUGGAAAACACCUCAGCUCAUACUAAAUCCAGGAAGCAGGUCCAGUCAGCCCCACCUGCUCCAGUACUGCAGCCGGGCAGGACCGGCGUGGACCUCCUUGAUAACCCUGUCAUUGGUGUUAUCAAGUCCUUGAACAGGUUCUGUAAGAUCCAGGAUGUUGCAGCAGAACCCGAUGAGGGAGGAACAACAGCUGCUGCAGAUCAAGUGCAGCCGGGAGCCUUUGUUGAAGUCGCCUCAGGCACAAGUCAGAGAUCCAUCCAACGGCAGAGAGAGUCACUGAGUGCUAGGAGGGGCUGCAGGUCCAUCAGGACUGACAGAAAGUGCUCAGUUUUUGGAGCUGGACCAGAACCAGAACCAGAACGGAGCACACACUCCUUCAGCUCCACAGUCAACUCUGUGUUGUGGAGAGCCAAUGAUGUCCUUCUGUUGGUUGCCGAGGACUUUUACCGCACUGAGCGUUCUGGUCUCAGCAGGUUCCUCAGACUUCCUGACUCUUUGAACCAGUGGGCUGAGAGCACACAGCAGAGGCUGCUGGGAUACCAGGAACAGACCAGGAAGUUUCUGAGCUCAAGCAGAGAGGAGUUGGUGAAGCAGCUGUCUGUGUUGGAGGAGCUGCUGCGUUUGUUACCUGGAGUUUUAAUCAGUAACCACGAGCUGCAACAGGAGGCGAAGCUCAGAGAGAAGGUUUGUGGGGUCAGACUGAAGCUGAAGGAGACGCUUGCAGCCAGUGAGAAUGAGAAGUGUUUGAACUUCCGUCAGCUGCGAGUGUCUCUCAGAGACGAAGAGCUUCAGACUCUCAACAGCAGAGAGGAGCUCAGACAACAGCAGCUACACAGUGCCAUCUGCAGCACACACUUGGAACUACAGGAAUGUGUAAGAGUCAAAGGGGAAGAGUUUGUGACAUCGUUGGCCUCUCUGACAGAGAACCUGCUCCAUCAGCUGGACAACUCGCUCACAGCUGCAGAAAACAAGGCAGUGACAUCACACCAGCAGUCUGGAGACAGGGCCGUUACCAUGGAGACUGAAACAGGCCAGAAACCAGUCAGCAGGACCUGGUCUAGUAUCACAUAUAUGUUGCCCCCCAUCAACACACCCUCCAGUGUUACCGUGGCAACUUCUGCAUCCACCACCACCACCAGGUGCACCAUGGGACAUCUGGUUGUCAUAGAACAGAGAGACGCUGCUGUCAAGAGAUUUGAGCAGCUGAUCAGGUCCGAAUUGCUGCGUUCAGACGACGACCAACAGAAACACCUGAGAGAACUACAGAGCUGGAGCACACACUGGAGACAGCAGAUACACACACUGACACACACACAGGAGACAGCAGAUACACACACUGACACACACACUGGAGACAGCAGAUACACACACUGACACACACACAGGAGACAGCAGAUACACAC